ACUUUUAAACUGGUAACUUAUUUUGAGGAUACUUAAGUGAAACGGUCUAUUAAUAAUUAGUUAACAGGACGCAUAAUUUUUAAAGCAAUUUUACAACAAAAAAAACAACAAUUUAUAAACCAAAAUGACUUUCACGUCUUUAUAUUGUAAAUAUAAAUAUGGACUCCACAUACGAUUGUGUUGCGUACAUAUAAUUUGGCAAGAUGACGACUUCGUUGUGUUUUGGACAAUCGCGCAAACACACUGUUAUUGAACAUGUUAUGAACAAUUUGUGGACUUUCAUAAAAUAAAAACACAGCAGAAAUUGUAUACUAGGACCUUAUUGAGAGGAUGUUUGGUGAAACGUUCGUGAUUAACUGAAAGGACAAAUAAUUUUAAGAGCAAAUUAAAAACAACAAAACAACAAUUAAUAAAUAAAAAUGCUUUGUUAUUAUAAAUAUGAAAUGAAUAUGAAAAUUUGUUGCGCACAUUCAAUUUGGCUAAAUGAUGACUUCAUUGUGUUUUGGACGAUCGCGCAAACAGUGUGUUCUUGAUGAUAUAAAGUAAUUGUAGAAUUUCAGAUAAAAAACAACACAACUAAGUUAACUGUUGCUGUUUUUGUACAUGAGGAAUUAAAAAUUUCCUCAAAUUUGUCUAAAGAGCCGUUUACAUAAAGGACUUUAUAAAUGCUUCAGAGUUUUAUCAUAAGUUGGAAUACACAUCACGUAGUAUUGUAAAGCGCGUCUGGAUAAAGUGAAGUUGAUGUUCGUCAUGCUGGUGUCUCAAAAAUACCCGAAAUAACUUACACAGUGUUAACAAAAUAUAAAGGAGCAGUAAACAGUCUGUGGUAUUUUCGAAUCGGAAGAAUAUGAAAGCAAACUAUUGAUGAUGUCGUCGACAACCACUAAUACUGUAGCAGGGCAUUCAGAAUGUUUUAAAGAAACGGAACUGGAAAACUGCGUUGUAUGCGCCAUCAAAUUGGAUUCACAACUUAACGCCAAAAUUCAUAAUAAAAAUGCGCCACUAGAAAGAAGGAGAUCCGCAUUAAACGUGUUUCUUACCAUCGCCCAAUUAAAAAAAAAUAGUAAUUGUAGUGAGAUGAGAGUAUAUUGUCGUCACAGGACUAUUUACCUUAUUUCGAACGGAAUGUUGGAGUGGCAGGACCACUGGUUCAAGGAUGUCAAACGACUUCCAGCAACAUUCAUGGGAUACAUAGGCACAUCAGGCGAAUUGAAGAUCUGCGGAAAAUCUCGCGACAACUCUCAAGACAUACAAUUUGCGUUCGCUAGAUUGGAUUCUUUCAUUAAACCUGAAAAUGUAUUUUAUAUCAAUUAUAAUGAUUUAAAGAAAUCCAUUUCAGUGUCUGAUUGCAAAGGUAAAGCGUUUCUAGAAUAUUCAGACAUCAUUUCAGUGUGUGAUUGCAAAGGCAAAGCGUUUCUAGAAUAUUCAGACAUCAUGUCAGUGUGUGAUUGCAAAGGCAAAGCGUUUCUAGAAUAUCCAGACAAAAUGCAAUUUGAUUGUUUUAAGACGCAUGCUGGAUCUACACUGAACGUCUGUCCAACAGACCCACCUGUACAUAAUGUGCCUGCUCAAGAAUCCGAGGAUUCCGAACAAGAAUCACAUUCAGUUCAGGCUGAAGACGAUGCCGAUGCUUUUAGUUCGAUAGCUCCAUCAUCUAGCAUAAGAGAUUUUCCAAAUGUGCACAGUAAUUAUUCUUCUUCCAAUCACAGUCAUUUAACGUUUCGUUCGCAAAGCCAUAAUAAUUUGAGAGUUGGCAAUCAUAAUAGUGAUGGAAAUCAACGAUUUGACAGUCGAGAGUUCAACAGACAGCCAGUAGGAAAUGCCGCUGUUGUUUCAAAUGACUCACUCAUACUAAAUUGUCAGAAUCAACACUACGAUGUACCGCAUCAUAACGAUUAUUCUCGACAUGAAAACAGAAUACUACAGAACCCAGAGGCCAUUUAUCCGACAGCAAAGUAUCCCAACUUAAGACAUGAAGAAGACAGACGACAAUCGUUCUCUACUUGGCCAAGGGCGUUGCCGUCAGCUCACGACUUUGUCUCGCGUGGAUUUUUCUAUACAGGAAACGGUGACCUAGUAAGAUGUUUCUGCUGUGGGAUUGGACUGAAGGACUUCUCGGACACUGAUAAUCCCCUCAUGGAACAUGUCAAACACUCGAGAAACUGUCCUUUCCUCUUGGAAUAUUUUGGUAGCCGAGAAGAAAUACAACGCUACGCGCAAAGUAUUUCAACCCAAGAACCCGAGGAGAUCCGGCGUCAACAGAGGCAGCGAUAUAACAGUAUACAAGGUCUGAACGUCAAUGGAUAUAGAGCAAGACACGAACGGCUCCGCUCUCUUCAAGCUCGUUUAGACACGUUCACCAACUGGCCAUCACACUUGGCCCAAAGACCCUAUCAACUUGCCGAAGCUGGACUGUAUUACACCGGAGUUGACGACCACUGCCGCUGCUUCGCGUGUGACGGUGGUUUGAGGAAAUGGGAACCUGGAGAUGAUCCCUGGAUAGAACACUGCAGAUGGUUUCCGGCUUGUCCUCAUGCGAUUGAAACCAAAGGGCGCGAUUUUAUUGACCUUAUUCAACUUUCAGCGGAUCAGGCUGCCGACGAAAACGCAUCCGCUCCACAGGAAGAAAUGACAAGCUCCCUGGCUCGAAUGUCAAUGGAGGAAACUCUUGUACAGAGAAUAGCUGAUCGAUAUGACAGUAUGCUGAAUAGAAGCAUGGGCUUUUCUAAAGAAGAAAUCAAAAACGCUGUUCUAGAACUCGUCCAGCAAGGCAAUAAAGCUCCCAACGUAGAAGACAUCGUCACACAAAUUGAAAUAAUUACGGAGAGAAACACACUCCUUCAUGAAGUCCGUACGUCCAAUAAUGUCGAACAAACCGAAGACGGACUACUGGUAGAAAACACCCGCCUUAAAGGAAUUAUGAUGUGCUGCCUUUGUAGAAAGAAUCAAGUGAACAUUCUUUUCCUACCAUGCACCCAUCAUAAAUUUUGUCUUGAAUGCUCGAGAGCUAUUCAAACCUGUCCGAUAUGCAAGAGGACCAUCAAAGACAAGAUCCGUACUUACAUGUUGUAAGACGCAAACUGUCGGAAUAUAGACAAAUUAAUAGAUGAUCAUUUUAUUAGCAUUGGCAUCAAUUGUCACAUUUUCGAAUGAUAAAAAGUCGUUGGCAAACACGUGCUGCAUAAUGUGAUGAUACGUUAUGUUAACCGGUUGAACUCCCAAUGCAUUUCCGAGUCAGACUUUUGGACAAAUGCUUGCUUGCCAUAAAUGAAGGACCUCGGGAUAUAAUAAGAUUACUAUUCUUCUCGUUCUUCAUUUUCGCCAUAUUAAACUCAGUGGAAAAAAACCUGAGUACUGGCUUGUGCGACAUCUAUGCUAGUUCAAGUGAUCGACAUUAACCAGACAGAUCAACAUGAUCGUGAUUGCUGGAUCGGUUCUUAAUCCGUAUCGAUUUGUUCCCGGAGUUAAAUACCAAAGUUGAUAAAACUAAACGAAACUCAUCAGUACGAAAACAUCUUACUAAAACGUAUUGACUAUUCGGACUUAAUUCCUCUGUUAUUGGGACGCUACUGGUACGUUGAUGUAGUCAAGUAGUCGUAUGUCUUCUGAUCAGUCAGUUAUGUUGCUUUGUUUGAUGCGCAUUCAACAUCUUAUUAAUGAUAAUAUUCAAACGUCUACGAGUUACUUCUACAAUAGUGUAAAGCGUAUUCGUAAUAAUGUGAGCAGUGUCAUAUAAACACAAUAAAUGUCAGGUUUUAAGAAGUCUAUGAACAACACAUACAUCUGCAGGAUUUGAAAAAAACACCUUCAUGUGCUGGUUAUAUUUCCCUACAGUUAGCAAGGAAUUUUAAGCAUGCAACCCUCUUGAGCGACACGUGUGUUAAUGCUUUGCCAAUACCAAAAUGAUACAUUUUUAAACAAAAAAACUCGACUAAACGCCGAAUGUAUAUGAUCUUUUGUGCCUAAAUUGGCUUUGCAUUAGUCGUAUAUAUCGUAUAAGGUAAUCGGAGAAUCGAUUUCUUAGAAAUGGAUAGUGAUAAGGUCAUUGUGUAAAGUUUGGCGAAAUGAAAAUGUGUGCAUACUUGUUAUAAUUCAUACGCGUUUGGUAAUUAUUUACUACUGUUGUCCACACAAGAACGAAACAAACAUUAACUCAUCCGUAACGGGAGUUUUCCUGUGCCGUCCAAUGAAUAGGCUGUACAUAAGUAUUUCUCAGAGAAUCAUAUCACGCUGUGUUAUGUUGAUUAAGAAACUGUAAUGUUUAUCGGAGUGUAGGGGUGUGAUACUCAACGCGUCCGUUGAUAAAAAAAGAGCUGUCAAAACGUGUGCAAUGAUUACAGAUCAACGCAUAUAGACAAUAUGACAAUCACCGUUCAAACUGGAAAAGCCGCGUAUGAUCGCCAACAUAAAGUUUGCAAUUUACUGCCCUUCAAGGUCAUCUUUGUGCUGACCAAAGUAGAAAUUCUGAGCUGUAGAAAGUGGUUUGAGCAAAUGUGUGCAAAUGACACAAACGCAGAACAGUGUAUUAGAAAGAUGAUUGCAAACAUCAAACUUACACGCCAUGACGCUUCAAUCAACGUUUUAAACUAUAGAGAAAGUUUGUGUAAAUUUUGUGUAAUCAACUUAGUGUAGUAAACACACACAUAAAUAAUGCAUAUUGAAAUCUUGACAGAAGAGCAUACACAUGCAAUUGUACAAUAGCAAUAUAUGUGAAGACAUUUCCUAACUGGAGUACUAAUCAAGAACUAAUUGAAACAUUUUUGAGCGAUAAAUGUGAGCCAUAUAUGUACAUUACUCGUGUAUAAACAAUAUUGAAGUGAAUAACUUUGUUUCUAGAAUUCGAUAUCGUUUAAAAUAACGUGUCGAAUAGGCGACGUAUUGAAAGAAAGCUGAAAAGUAAGACUUAUGACUUAAUAAUCGAUCGAAAGUAAAUUACAACAUGAUUUGUAAAGAUUGAUUUCCAAAUAUAGAUUAGGACCCAGUAUGUAUUGUCAGUAUUGACUAUUUUAGGCUUCACAUUAUGAUCAGGAACUUUAACAUACGGAGUGUUUUACCAAAACAUUCUUAGUUGUUCUGUGAUAAUGAGUGCAAUUUUCUUUAUUUUAGCAAUACACAUAUAAAAAGUACGUUGAAAAGAAUAUACCUUCAGUGUAUGUAGUUUCAUUGUAAUUUUAAACCAUCAACAUAUAUUUGAAUCAAAACACAAUAUUCACAUGCAGUUUUACAUUUUAUCAAUAUAUUACAUACAAUGUAGACACAUUUACCGUUUGACUAUAUUUGUUUGAAAUGAUUUCAUAUUUUAGCACCAAGAUCUUUGUAAAUAGUUGUUUUUCUUUUUUUCUACCGUUAGUUGUGUUAUACUAUUAAACGUAUAUCAUUUUAUCAAUCCAACAGACACAAACACAAAACAAUAUAAUAAAUGUGCUAACCUAUUAUGGUAUUAUAGAAAAUAUUCAUGGAAAAAAGCAUGACUAGUAUAAAAAUAUUUUUAAAGUAUAUUCGCCUUAUGCAUAUUAAACGCGUGUUUUGUAUAUUUACAGUAUAGCUUUGUACAAAGUCCUCAUAUUGCGUUAACUUUUGGUGUUAAAAUAAAAGUUUCGAAUCUUACAUGUUUUGUACUCUUUAGUUCAGAUUCGUCAAGCUGUACACUUGUAUAAAAUGUAUAUAUAUAAAUAUCCAAAAUUAUUGUUACAUGUAUUAUGUAUCUCACAAACAUCUAGUUUUAAAGUGUACGAAUAUUGAUCUUUAAUAUUUUUAAUUUUAUUUUACAGUACUGCCCCUGGAUUUUGUUCACGUCAUCGUGUCUUCGCUUGUCAAUUACAUUAUACGAUACUCUUUUUCUGUUCCUAGCUACUUUAAUUUUUGUAACGCUUCUAUAUUGCUUCAUACUACCAACUUUCACGGUUUUAAUCUACAUGCAUAGGUCAUUGGGUUUAUAGCGUCCAAUUUUUAUUUUAUUUUGUCUCUGACAUGCGUUUCUGGUUUGAUUUAUUUCUUAGCAGUCACAUAAACAACCAAGCUAUGUAAUACGGAACUUUUACCCCCAUUAUUGCUGCUUCUUCCUGUAUUUGCGCGAUGAUGAUCUGAAAUAUGAACUUUAUGAUGCUAUAUUCUUAAAUCUUUUUCUAUAAAGAAGGAAUGUAGUUGACACUUGUUCGUAGUUUCAUUUAAUCGUUCCUCAAAAAGUUGUCACUCUGUUGCUCUGGUCUCUGUCCUGCCAUUGAGUAAUUAAAUGGUAAUUAAAUCGAAUUCGUUUUUUAUUCCCUUUUAUUAUUGUUUAAUUUGUGUUGCAAUGCUAUAAGGUUAAAUUGUAUUUACACUUAAAUGUAUCAUGAAUAUUGCUGGGCCAAGUGUGAGGUUGAGCGCUUUAAAACCUGAUUGAACCCCAAUGCUUUGUAUUGACCGUUCCAAGGCGGUGACCCCAGCUUUAUUCAUUUAUGUGUUAUGUAUGUUGUUUUGUAUAGUGCUGUUUUGUGCUGUUUUCUACUGUUUUGGCAAUUUGUCACUUGCCUUAAAUAAAGGACCAACUAAUUGUAUAUAAUGAGAAUUCAAUACUGCUCCAGCAGCUGGAGUUUCACUUC